UUAAACACUGUGGACCGGACAUCAUCCUCGAGCACACAGCCUGUUGUGUUUGACUAUGUCUUCUCUCAGGACUGUUUCAAAUGACUCUGUCAUCAUUCGUCCUCCAGGCUUCUAUAUCAUUGCAUUUGAGACAUUUCCCUACCUCAGUUACUACAUAAUCUUUCUAGCAUUUGUCUAUGCGGUUACAUUAGUGUUCAAUACUUUAUUGAUCUAUAUAAUUGCCUGUGAUCACUGCUUACACACUCCAAAAUUUCUGGCUGUUGUCAACCUUGCAGUAAUUGAUAUCGGCCUAAACACAAGCACGAUUCCCAGCAUGAUUAAGACAUUCCUCUUCAAGGACAACUUUGUUCCAUACAACCUGUGUCUGUUACAAAUUUUUGUCUACUACACAUUUGGGACACUGGAGUCAUAUGCACUCACUAUACUUGCCUAUGACAGAUUGAUUGCAAUAUGUUUCCCUCUGCGUCAGAACUUACUCAACACCUCGCAGAUCAUGUCUUGUAUUAUAGGCCUGACUUGGGUUUACUGUCUGGGACUAUUAGCAUACUGCACGGCCAUCAUAACCCGACUGUCUUUUUGCAAUUCUGUCAGAGUGUUCAGCUAUUUCUGUGACUAUGCACCUGUGUUUAGACUCGCCUGUAAUGAUAACACAAUGCAGUGGGCAGCAGGUGCACAUUCUGGUAUGUUUAAUCUGAUGGCCCCCUUUAGUUUUGUUAUUCUGUCUUAUGUCAGCAUCCUGGUCACUGUGUUCAGGAUGAAAUCAGUAAGCAAUCGGAUCAAAGCUCUCACCACUUGCAUUGAGCACCUAAUCCUUGUUGCUGUAUUUUACUUUCCUUUAACCAUCAUUUUCUUCUUAGGGCUUUAUGUGCGAGCAAUUGACCCAGACCAGCGUGUGCUGAGCCUGUCGCUGGCCUCUUGUCUCCCACCCUGCAUCAAUCCUAUUGUAUAUUCUCUGAAAACUAAGGAGAUCAAAAUCAGAGCCCUGGCGCUGGUCCACAAAAUGAGAAAAAGUUCUUGA